GCGUGUAAAGCUGCGGCUGCAGGAGUAUUGUGAUCACUUAGUCAGGCAUGGACAGGGAGGCAAAGAAUGGAGGCACAGGCAGAGAGAUGCAGGCUGAGCCCAUGCUGGAUUCCCUGGACAUGGCAGAAGAACCAGUGACAGCUCCUCAGAGCAGAAAGAAGAAGAAAUCCAGCAAGUGGAAAGUUCUCUCCCUGGUAAUCUGUGUGUGCAUAUUAACCGCUAUCCUAGGGUGCAUAUUUGGACUUAAGCCAAGCUGCUCUAGAGAAGUGAAUAGCUGCAAAAAUCGCUGCUUUGAGCGUAAGUUCGGGAGCUGCCGCUGCGAUGCUGCCUGUGUUGGACUUGGAAACUGCUGUCUAGAUUAUGAGGAUCUAUGUAUUAAACCAGCUCACCUUUGGACAUGUGACAAAUUAAGAUGUGGAGAGAAAAGACUUCCCAGCAGUCUGUGCUGCUGUUCUGAUGACUGCAAGGACUCAAACGAUUGCUGUGUUAAUUAUGAUGCCGUUUGCAGAGGAAACAAGAGCUGGGUAGAAGAGAAAUGUGAGGAUAUCCAAACACCACUCUGCCCAGCUGGGUUCUCUAAGCCUCCAGUCAUCUUAUUUUCAUUGGAUGGGUUUAGAGCAGAGUACUUACAAACAUGGGGUGGCCUUCUUCCAGUUAUCAGUAAGUUAAAGCAAUGUGGAACAUAUACGCGUUCUUUACGUCCGGUAUAUCCAUCAAAAACCUUUCCCAACCAUUAUAGUAUUGUAACAGGUCUCUACCCAGAAUCACAUGGGGUUGUGGACAACAAAAUGUAUGAUCCUCACCGGAAUGCCUUUUUCACAUUAAGAAGCGCUGAGAAGUUUCAUCCCUCAUGGUACCAAGGAGAACCUGUAUGGAUAACUGCCAUGAACCAAGGGUUAAAGACUGCCACUUUCUUCUGGCCUGGAUCGGAUACAAAGAUUAAAGGAUCAUAUCCAAAUAUUUAUAAAGAGUACAAUGGAUCAGUACCUUUUGAAACUAGAGUCAUGUCUAUUCUAAAAUGGUUGCAGCUACCUGAAGAAAUUAGACCACACUUUUACACUCUGUAUUUAGAAGAACCAGAUUCAUCAGGACACUGGCAUGGUCCAGUCAGCUCUGCAGUGAUAAAAGCCCUCACAGAUGUAGACCGAAUUGUAGGAAUGUUGAUGGAUGGACUUAAACAAAUGAAUUUAGACAAAUGUGUUAAUCUCUUGCUUCUGUCUGACCAUGGCAUGGAGGAAUCGCGUUGUGAAAAUAUUGCUUAUCUAACAUCUUACAUAAACUCCUCUAAUGAUUUCAUUGUGGUAAAUGGACCAGCAGCACGUCUGAGACCUGUGCAAUUACCAGAUGCGUAUUUCUCUUUUGACUAUGCAGAGCUUGCAAAGAACCUAUCAUGUAGAAAACGUGAUCAGCACUUCAAGCCAUUUCUGAAGCAAUACUUACCAAAACGCUUACACUUUGCCAACAAUGAUAGAAUUGAGUCGCUUCACUUUUACUGUGAUCCAAAAUGGCAAGUUGCAAAGUCACCGGACGAGGUAAAAGUAUGCAAAGGUGGUUUUCAUGGUUCUGAUAACCUGUUCAAGAGUAUGCAGGCUCUGUUUAUUGGAUAUGGGUCUAAGAUAAAGCAUGGCAUAGAAGUGCCGCCAUUUGAGAAUAUAGAAAUCUAUAAUUUGUUGUGUGACUUGUUAGACAUUGAACCUGCACCCAAUAAUGGAACCCAUGGAAGUCUUAACCAUUUACUUAAGCAGACAGUUUAUGAGCCCUCCUUGCCAAAAGAGCUGUCUGAGCCUUUCCAAUGCUCUGUUAUCCAUGGGGCCAAGGUGAACAGUUUUGGUUGUUCUUGUGACUCACUGACAGAAGCUGGAUAUAAAAAACUAUUAACACUCACUCCUCAACAAGAAUCUGACACUAAAAAGUUUAAUCUGCCAUAUGGACGGCCACUGGUUUUGCAAAAUAGCAGCUAUUGCAUCUUGUACCAUAAUAAAUAUGUGAGUGGUUUCAGUUACAAUAUAAAGAUGCCAUUGUGGAGUUCAUACACACUACAUAAAAAUGAACUUGUGCCAGCCUCUGUGGAAAAUGAUUCAUGUAUAUUUGUGGAUGUUCGAAUCCCACAAGGACAAAGUCAAAGUUGUCAAUAUUACCGUGACCAUCAAUCUCUAAAAUUUGGAUUUCUUUUCCCUCCAAGCCUCAAAAGAUCUUCUAAAGAUGAUGGUUAUUCAGGACUUACAACCAGCAACAUGAUUCCAAUGUAUCCUGCAUUUCAAGGGGUAUGGGAAUAUUUUCAUGAAAUUCUAUUGGCAAAAUAUACAAAACAGAAGAAUAGUAUUAAUGUCAUCAGUGGUCCAGUAUUUGACUAUAAUUUUGAUGGGCGAUAUGACACUGUGGAGCAAAUUAAACAGAUGGUACAGGAUUCGGGUGUCUACCUCCCAACUCACUACUUUAUAAUUUUGACAAGCUGCAAGAAUUCUUCCGAGACUCCUGAGCAAUGUUCUAGCCCUAUGGAGGUCAUAUCUUUCAUUGUACCACACAGAGAAGACUACAGUGAAAGCUGUGCUGAGCAUAAAGAAUUCACAUGGAUUGAAGAACUUUUCCAGUUGCAUGUAGCCCGUGUGAAGGACAUUGAACUUCUUACUGCUCUCAGUUUCUUUCAUAACACAAAUUUCUCUGUUUCUGAAAUUUUACAGCUCAAAACAUUUCUUCGUAUUUAUUUAUGAGCAUUUUAAGCCCAAGUAGUAUGUUUUGUAUUAUAAAAUUCAAGUAUCUAUAUCCCCAAACCACCUCUCGUUAUAGCUUAUCACAGAAUACAUUGGGGGUAAAAAAUCUGCAUUUUACUGCGGUCUUAGAUACCCUCUUCACUGCUGAAGGAUGCAUCAAAUUUAUGACUAGGUACAGGCCUCAU